GUGAUGAAUAUCGGCAGAGAUAAGUAAGAGCUGUGGUAAGCUGCAUCUAUUUAACGCCGAAGCGAAGAUCGUAUCCGUUUAGUUCAGCUUCUAAAUUGAAGUGCGUGUUGACCUCAUAGACAGGGCGCAGUCUGACCGUCACAUAUCAGUUGAUUCUAGAAAUUCUGAAACAUACAAGCACAAAAAUGUCAAUCUCGGAACACGAAAAGGCCUACACACCUUCGGAGUGGAGCAAGAGAUACGAAUCUGACAAAUUAUUAUUAUAUUUCCAUAAAAAAUCACAAGAAAUUACUAACGAAGCACAACGCAUAACAAAGUGCGAACUCAAUGUACCUUAUAGCACAUCAGAGCGCACCAAGUAUGACAUCUAUGGCACGGAUUUACCUAAUGAUGCUCCUAUCUUCUUAUUCAUUCAUGGAGGAUACUGGCAAGAAUUUUCAAAGGACUUUGCUGGGUUUCCUGUUAAAGUCCUUGUAUCAAGAGGAAUAAAAGUUAUUGUAGCUGGCUACAAUUUGUGCCCAACAGUGACAUUCUCUCAGCUAAUGCAAGAAGUCAAGAUUAUGAUGGAAGAAAUUUUGAAGCUUGCUAAAGAUAAAGGAUCAAGUUGCGUUUGGGUAGCAGGUCAUAGUGCAGGUGCACAAAUGGCAGCAAGUCUUUUGCAUGAUACCGCCUGGUUAGCUCAUAUUGCUGAAAAAAAGUAUGCCGAGUUGUUGAAAGGUCUGGUACUUAUCGGAGGGAUUUACAAUUUGGAGCCUUUACUCAGUACCAGUUAUAACAAUGCACUUAACUUGACUAAUAAAGAACUCGAGACAUAUAGUUUUGGAAGUACGGACACAUGUGGAUUAAAUCCAGUGCAAAAUUUAAAAGUUAUUGUAACUGUUGGAGAAUGUGAUUCUCCAGUAUUUAUCCAAGAAUCCCGAAAUUAUGCACAGAAACUCCUAGAAUUUGUUGACAAUGUGGAAUUUUUAUUAUUACGUAACUCAGUCGACCACUUUGACAUAGUGGAAAACUUAACAAAUGAUAAUUUUGCCCUGACAAAAUUAAUUAUUAAAAACGUUUAUUUGUAAUAGCUUUAAAUGCUUAAUAGUCCUGCAGAAAAAUUAAAUGCGAAAAACGAGUCAUUUUCAGCAUAUAAUACAAAAGAAAAAAUGUGUUCAAUAAUAGAGUGCAAAUGACAAUGUUGUAGGUAAGAUUUAUAAUGUGGCAAUUAUUUUUUUAUAUUCACAGUGAUACAGUUAUUGUAAGUAUAUUUUUAACUAAAGAUAACAUAUACACUGAUUGCAUUUGAAUGAAUGUGUACCACUCUUGUUGAAAAAUAAAUUUCACAAAAAUACAUA